AUGGUUGCGCUCCGGGAGAAGGGCUUCUCGCCGAAUUACCGCGGCAACCCGGACAUCCCUCGCAACAGGUCGGCCGAUAUUCCGCCCGACCAAAACUGCAGCAUCUGGCUGGUGGGAUUGUCGCCGACGCUGGACCACCACGAGCUGCUCUCGGGCAUCCGGAACGUCGGCCGCGUGUACUCCGUACAUAUCAACCCGCCCAAGUUGGACCAGGGCGGCCAGGGCCAUCUCGGUAGCGCGGCAAAGGUGGUGUUCUUUGAAAGGGAGGCAGCAGAAACCUUCUACGAGCGCUUCGCCCACCAAGGCUUCUGGACACCGCAGAAUCCCGACAUCCGCGCCCGCGUCACUUGGAACCGCAAUAUGGCGGCUCCAUUCAACGUCGGCGGCGCCCUGUCGCGGGUGUUGCUGGUGCGCGGCCCCCCCGCCAUUGUGAACUGGGCCUUCCUGCGCCCGUAUUUCGAGUCCAAGUUCGUCUUCCAGAUCGACGAGCUCCGGCACCACGGCCCAAUCAACGGCGGCGCCGGAGUGCUGCUCGAGAUCCGAUUUGGCAGUUACCGUUGCCAGGCACAGUCGGCCAAGGGGGCGCUUGACAAGGAGUACAAGUGGGCUGGUGUUGUUUGCGAAUACGGGCGUGAUCCUUGCGCGCCUCGCUUCGACCUCUUGGCUGCGCCUUGA